AUGUACGGCGAACUCGGGAACAAGUUGGUCCAACAUGCCAAACGCACGCAAUCCCUCGUCCACCUCCCGCCCUACCAGACCGAACUCGUGCGCAUGGUAGCCCGCGAAGUGCGAGACCUCGACCGCGACGUGGCGCAGAUCCUGGCCCCCUUCGAGGGCAGCUUCAACCCGUCCGCGGAGCCGGCCAUCGCGUGCGCCCUGCUCGUCGACCACCUCAGCAUGCGCCGCAACAAACGCUGUCUGCUGGCGUACCACCGCGUGCGCACCGAGAAGCUCGAGGAGCUCUGCUGGAAGGGCGUGGAUAUCCUCGAGCAGCAGCUGCCGCCGGCCGAGGAGGACGGGGCUGCCGGUGGCGGCGGCGGCGCGUCGGCGCCGAUGAGCUCGCAGAGUGGGAAUCACAGCUCGCUGAGUCCCGAGGAGGAGGAGUAUUUUCGGCAGUAUAGCGAUAUGCUGGCGGCGUAUAAGGGGCAGUGGACGGAUGUCGAUCUUACGGGGAGUCUGGAGCCGCCCAAGGAUUUGUUUAUUGAUGUGCGGGUGCUGAAGGAUGCGGGCGAGAUCCAGACGGAGUACGGUCAGCUGUAUGUGCGACAGGGCGAUGUGGAACGGCUGAUCGCGCAGGGGUUCCUGGAGCGGUUGAGCUGA